CGGGACACAGUCGCUGUCCUGUGGGCUGAGGAGCGACGGCAACUUCACUGCCAACAUGUCCGACGACGAGCAAGAGAAGACCAUAGCCGAGGACCUGGUGGUCACCAAGUACAAGAUGGGGGGUGACAUCGCCAACCAUAACUGACCUGUCUGGCUGAAUGUGGGGUGUACUUGGAAGGAUGCAACCUUCCUCAGGUGCCACCAGUCGGAUGCCCUGUGUCCAUUUGCUGAACCAGAAGUUUGAUGUUUCUAGGAUUUCUGUCUGAGAUGCAUUAAGAUAAAUAUCCUUUCAUUCACCGGUGUAGAAGGCAUCAGGAGUCAUCGAUAUGGAUGAUCACUGUCACAGUCGCUCUAAUUUCAUGUCACAGUGACAGUUUGUGUUGUAAUACAAAAUAUUUUCAGGAAAUAUGUAGAAGAAACUGUUAUUAGAUGAAAGAACUACAAAAUCCUGUACAUUGAACACACAAACAAAUCACUAUGCAUAAUUACUUUGAUGCCAAAAUGGUAUACACAUCGAAUAUUUAGAUUGUAUUAUAUUAAUACAUAUAUUAUGAUAUUUUUAUUUAUAACAUUGCUUGCUGAUUAUAUUAGAGAUGGUUCGAUGCCGAUACCAAGUACUUAUCAUAUACCUGUGCAUUAACAAGAAUAACAACUUAUAUAAUGUAUUUUAUCUGCUGAAUGCUACCUACCCUCCAUAGAAGUGACGACUGUUAUCAUUGUGGUAUGACCUGGCUCAGGUUAAAAAUAUAUUUUAUCUAAAUAUAUAUUUAUAUUUGUGUUUUAAGAUUCUAAGCACCUCAGCUAAGCCUGGCACUGGAUGAGCGUUAGGUGAACAAACUGAAAUGCAUCGUUUCUCUGUUUCUGGUCUCAUCCAUAGACUGUAUAUCUCAUCACAGCAUCUAAACCACAUUCAUGUAAGCACCGGCUCUACUUUGUUCUGCUCUUGCAUCUCUCCAUCGUUUGCUGUUUGUCUCACCCAGAGGCUGUGCGUCUGGUCGUGGGAGCAGCCACUCCCGGGGUGUCUGUUCUCAGCCUCUGUGAGAAGGGGGACGCGUACAUAAUGGCUGAGACCGGAAAGGUCUUCAAGAAGGAGAAGGAUAUGAAGAAAGGCAUUGCCUUUCCCACCAGCGUCUCAGUCAAUAACUGUGUUUGCCACUUCUCUCCCCUGAAGAGUGACUCUGAAUACACACUUAACGAUGGGGAUCUGGUCAAAAUAGAUCUGGGGGUUCAUGUUGAUGGCUUCAUUGCCAACGUAGCUCACAGCUUUGUUGUGGGAGCCAGUAAGGAGCACCCCAUCACAGGACGUAAAGCCGACGUAGUCAAAGCGGCUCAUCUCUGUACAGAAGCAGCUCUGCGCCUUGUUAAACCUGGUAACAAGAACACUCAAGUGACAGAAGCCUGGAAUAAGAUUGCUCAGACGUUCAAAUGCUCACCUAUUGAGGGUAUGCUGUCUCAUCAGCUGAAACAACAUGUCAUUGAUGGAGAGAAGACCAUAAUCCAAAAUCCGUCAGACCAGCAAAGGAAAGACCACGAGAAGGCGGAGUUUGAGGUACAUGAAGUUUUUGCUGUUGACGUUUUGAUCAGCACUGGAGAAGGGAAGGCCAGAGAUGGAGGUCUGAGGACCACCAUUUACAAGAGGGACCCCAGUAAGCAGUACGGCUUGAAGAUGAAAACCUCCCGAACGUUUUUCAGUGAAGUGGAACGACGCUUUGAUGCCAUGCCUUUCACUCUUCGGGCAUUUGAGGAUGAGGCUAAAGCCCGACUGGGUGUGAUGGAGUGUGCCAAACAUGAGUUGUUACAGCCCUUCAGUGUACUGCACGAGAAAGAGGGAGAGAUUGUAGCUCAGUUUAAAUUCACAGUGCUGCUCAUGGCCAACGGGCCUCACAGAAUCACAGACGGACCCUUCGAUCCAGAGUUCUACAAGUCAGAGCAUGAAGUUCAGGAUCCAGAGCUGAGGACUUUACUACAGAGCUCUGCAAGUCGUAGAACACAGAAGAAAAAGAAAAAGAAGGCUUCAAAGACGGCAGAAAAUGCAACUGGUCCGCCAGCUGACACCGAAGCAGCAGGAUGAAUUGAACUAAUUAAACACUGCCAUUCCACACAUGUAAGACCACACGGAGAAGCAAGAGAAGACACAACAAACUGCUCCACACUGUCUGUCAGUCAUUCCCCCUAGUGUUACUAACACAAAUUAAACUGAGGAAUUCAUGAAAUACGUUGGGUAUUGAAGGAUCUUGCGUGGACGACAUGUUUAACCCUUUGCUGCAUUGAAGAAAAACAUGAUGCAUUCUCGCCUAAUUUAAACAGGAAUUAAAGACUAUUUGCAAAUAAUAUAAAAUGGACAUGUUGCCAAAUGGUAAAUGAUUAAAUUGAGUCAGAUUUUUGUAAAUUUAAAAAUGUUUGGUUCUCUUCAUGCUUGUACUAUUUGCAGAAGAAAUUUAGUUUUCAGUAAAACCGAGGCUUCCCCUGUGUUUUAAUGGGAGUUUGUGUUGGGGUUAACCCUAACCAUAACCAAACUGGGUAAAAGGUUAGUAAAUGGAUAAUGGGGUCAUAUUUGUUAUCUCAUUGUCAAGGCAUCAGUGUGCCUGAAUUCAGGAGGGACUCACUGUUUCUUCAAUGUGAAAUUUCAACUGAAAUACUGCAUGUGCUUUUCCUUUGGCAACAGAGUUAUUUUUAUUUCUAUGUGUUCAAACAAUGACUUCAAAUCAUCCAGGAUUUUCUCAUGUUUUAUGGGAGGUUAAAAGAUUCACAUCAUUUGUGUGUGAAUCAGUAAGGAUGAUAUUACAUUGUUAAAGACCCAAAGACCAUGCAGUAAAGGGUUGAAUCUGGAAUUUGUCCUGAUGAUGAACAACGGCAACUCCAUAAAUGUAACUGAACAUUGAAAAGGAAUGUAAUAUACAAGUUAUUUUUGCUCCACAGUUAGUGGUGAGGGUUUACAAUUACCCUUGUAUCAUCAUGAACUGACCACAUGUUUUGAUGAAACCAAUGUGUUUGUGUCACUAGAUGUUUUUAAGGCAAUAACCCGAGCAGAAGACUAGAAUAUUUAACUGUAAAAAAAAACACACACACAAACACACAAUUGUAAUGAUUUUUGACUCACAGGAACAAUUUGCUGCGUUUACUGCCAUUUCCCUUUAACUUUAUGAAAAGGUAGAAACCUUCAAGUUCCAGUUUUGAGAGACUUUUCUAUUUGUGAUACCCGUUUCUUGCUUUGUGACAUCAUUCAUGUUGUGACACCUGAGAGCAGAAACUGAUUUGUCAACAGUUCAACGUGUCAAGAAAAGUGAAAUUCUGCUUUGUUUGGUCAGUGAUUGAUGGAACUUUACAUCUAAUGAAAUAAAAACAUUUUCAUACGGUU